AUGGAUGGUGGAACCCUCAUUAUUCGUGAUGUUAAUGUUCCAUCAUGGAACGAUAUCAGAGUUGGUUUCGUCGUGCGCCCAUAUUUCGUCCAUCUUGUCGAUUCUCACAAGGUCCUAUCUCCUCGCUUUGCCAUCCUACGCCUACGACACACGCACUUGAAGAUCACAUUCAUCGUCAACUGCUACUCUUCACACUCUACAGCUGACGAAGUAAAGCUCGAUGCGUUCGACGAUCAGCUUGGAGAGAUCAUCCACACUCCUUCUACAAAUUCGUCGCUGGAGCUUGUUAAGUAUGCUUUACAGGCUGUUCAUGUUCAAGAUCAUUCUAACCCGCAUAUCGCGUUGGACGAAGCUCAACCUGUAGAGUAG